AGAGUAAUGGUAUAUAUUGAAUCAUUGAUCCGGGAUUGCUAAUUUGCUAUCAAGGCAACGCAGCGAGGUUUCUAUUGGAUCUCCCGCUAUCUUAACGGGAUUAGCAAACAGUCCCUUAAGUUAUAAAGGAUCACAACGACUGGCUACUCCGGCGUCUCAGCCGCGGCUGCUCACCGCCUCUACUGUUGCCAGUUAUCAUCUGCGACUGAUGCUUCCGAGGCUCUUGAGCAGUCGGAGAUUUAAAUUCCAUGGUAAUCGGAUAUUUUCAACUCUGAUAACUAGGUCUCACGUCCCGCCGGAAAUCCUUCAUGCUAAUAAAAAAAUCACUGCGUUGAUCCGAAGCGACCGCCUCGAUGAAGCCAGGGCUUUUUUCGAUGGCUUGUGGCAGCGGAACACCGUCACGUGGAAUUCAAUGCUCAGCGGCUACGUCAAACGUCGCGAGAUUGCGAAAGCGCGGUGGCUGUUCGACGAAAUGCCUGAGAGAGAUUUGGUUUCGUGGAAUUUGAUGAUUUCGGGUUAUAUGUCGUGUCGGGGGAGGAGGUAUGUUGAGGAAGGUAGGCAAUUGUUCGAUGAAAUGCCUGAGAGAAGUGUUGUCUCCUGGAACACUAUGAUCAGUGGCUAUGCGAAGAAUGGAAGGGUGGAUGAUGCUUUUACGCUGUUCGACGCUAUGCCUGAGAAGAAUGUGGUUACUUGGAAUGCGAUUAUCACUGGGCUCUUGGAUAAUGGUCGUGUGAAGUCAGCUUGUGAGCUUUUUAGAGUAAUGCCGGAGAGAGAUUCUGCUUCGCUUAGUGCAAUGGUGUCUGGACUGAUUCAGAAUGAUAAGCUUGAUGAGGCUGGGACGCUUUUGUUGGAAUACGGGGAACUUGGAGAGGGGGUGGAUGACUUAAUCCAUGCUUAUAAUACGUUGAUUGCUGGAUAUGGUCAGAAGGGAAGGGUUAGGGAUGCUCGGCGCCUUUUUGAUAAGAUACCCCUUUGCAGUGAUGAUGGAAGUGGGCGAAAAUCGAGGUUUGAGAGGAAUGUGGUUUCUUGGAAUUCAAUGAUCAUGGCCUAUGUAAAAGUUAGGGAUAUGGAUUCUGCAAGUGAUUUGUUUAAUGAGAUGGAGAGCCGGGAUAUUGUCACAUGGAACACCAUGAUUAGUGGUUACGUUAAUGCAUCUGAUAUGGAAACUGCUACGAAACUGUUCGUUGAUAUGAAAACUCCUGAUGUUUUGUCAUGGAACUCGAUCAUCUCAGGGUAUGCACGGGCGGGAAAAAUGAAACUUGCUCUUGAUUUUUUCCAGAAAAUGCCUCAGAAGAAUCAAGUUUCUUGGAACACUAUGAUAGCUGGAUAUGAAAAUAAUGGAGGCAUCAAAGAAGCAGUGGAACUGUUUCAUUGUAUGCAGGCGGAAGGAGAGAAACCGGACAGACAUACUCUGUCUUCCCUUCUUAGCAUUUGUGCUGAAUGUGCUGCCCAGCUUACAGGCAUGCAAGUUCAUCAGUUGGUGACAAAGAUAGUUAUACCCGAUAACCCUUUAUAUAACUCGCUCAUUACCAUGUAUGCGAAAUGUGGGGCUAUAUCCGAAGCCAGGACAGUAUUCGAUGAGAUGAAAUCUCAAAAGAAUGUUAUCUCUUGGAAUGCUAUGAUUGGAGGGUAUGUAUCACAUGGGUUUGCUAGCGAGGCAUUGGAACUUUUUGAAUCAAUGAAGUGCUUUAAAGUGAAACCAACAUAUAUCACAUUCAUUUCAGUUUUGAGCGUGUGUGCACACGGUGGUCUAGUGGAAGAAGGCAGAUCGUAUUUCAAAUCCAUGGUUGAAGAUUUUGGAAUUAAACCAAGAGUAGAACAUUUUUCGUCUCUUGUGGAUGUGGUUGGUAGGCAUGGGAAGCUUGAGGAGGCAAUGAAUAUCAUUAAUAGCAUGCCAGUUGAACCGGACAAGGCUGUCUGGGGGGCACUUAUGGGUGCUUGCAGAAUGCAUAACAAUGUGGAGCUGGCAAGAAUUGCAGCUCAAGCAUUGAUGAAGCUGGAGCCACAUAGCUCUGGCCCUUAUGUCUUGCUGUACAAUAUGUUUGCUGAUGCUGAAAGAUGGAAUGAAGCAGAUGAAAUCAGGAUGGUUAUGGAAAAGAACAACAUUAAAAAGUCACGUGGUUAUAGCAGGGUAGAUUCUAGUUAAUCGCCAUAGUUGUGCUCUAUUUAGACACUGUCAUGGAAGCAUGGGACCGUGCAGGUAUUUUAUUUACGUUUCAUCUGUAGUUCCACAAGGGGUAUGUAAGUGUUGUCCUCAACCGUAGUUGGUUGCCAAUCAAAAUGCGAGAUUUGCUGGCCAUAUAAUAUGAAUUGCAGUUAGCUGCUGGGUUAGAUGAGAGUUAAUUCGUCUAUUGACUGGUUUUUUUUUGAGCAAAUUUUCUGAAAGAUCUCUCUGGCUAUAAACUGCCAUGCUUUCUCAAAACUGAAUCUGUUUUGGUAGCCAUCACCUGUACAUGCCUCAUUGUUGUAAGUUACCUUUGGGAUUGA